AUGAGCCCCGAGGAAAUCUCUCCCUCACAGAUCUCGGGAAGAUCUCGUAUAACAACUCACAGAUCUACAUUAUUGUCUUCUAGUUUUUCAACUGUUAGAGAUGGAUUAACCAGCAGAGAAAAAAGUAGUCUAUCUGUGGAGUCUUUGAGUCGAACAAAAAUUAAGUCUCAGUGUUCUAAUAGACCUGCUGUACAAAGAGAAGUCAUGGACAGGAACGCAAAAAUGCACAAACGAGAACAGAUGGCAUCACGACGCACCAAGAAACUCCUCAGAGUGGCCAAAAUUCGGCUGGAUGGACAACUAAAAGCUUUGAACAAACACUUUUUGAGGGAAAGCAGAGAAAUAGAGAGGGAGACCACGUUCAUUGAAGAUCAAGUAAAAAAGAUGGAAGAGGAAGAUAACCAAGUUACGAGAUUGCCACUGGAAACCCAGAACAGAAAAUCUCCAGAACUUCCGGUUUUACCUAGACCCAGAUUUCUAGGCUGUUCUACCCCUUCGAAGAGUGAUUUGUCGAUGGGUGGUCGUGGCGAGUGCCUGUACUGUAAUGACAGCAGGUGUCAUUACUUUCCAUGUUAUCUACCAGUUACUUAUCACGCAAUUGGAAUCACUGAAAGAGAGAAGAGCUUUUCGGUAUUAAGAAACUAUGAUACUUUAUUGAGUCGUUGCUCAAAAGUACGCCCGCCUAGCAGAAAGUCUGUAUUCGACGAACAAGAUGAGCUACCAAAGUUAUCGCCGCACGCCAGAAUUUCUAUACAUGAUAGAGAACGCGGUUUACAACAACUGGUGAAAGAAAUGAAAGACAGGAACCGGAAGCGAAAGCCACGUGACUGGGCUACGAAUUAUGGAGAACCACUUCCUCGAAGAAUAGUGCUAAAAUCGGUCACGCAUGUAUCAGAGUCUUUGCUGGAAAUUAACUGAGUCCAUAUUACAUAGAAUUUUAUCAUUUUGUUAAUAUUUUCAGCAGAUGCAUAGUGUCAUUUUGUAUCAUUCCUUUUGUCCAUUCUGUUAACUGGUUAAAGCUCGUGAUCUCAAAACAAAAUUUAUGUAAUCUUUAGAAUAAUAAAUUGAUUACAUCGUUAGACUAUA